AGCGAUUUACAGCUGCUUAGCCUUUGGUCUGAGGUGGGGCGGCGUAGCAUGCGAGUAUCGCGGCAGUGGUAACAUGCGGCACGCUACUCUCCUGUACGCUGCGCUCGCUGCAAAACUCCGAUGCGACGGGUUUUCGCCGGUGGUGUCGCGUCCGCCACUGCCGCCGCCCCGGGCGGCCUCAGGCGGCGCGUGGCGGCGAGCAGCGGUUCCAGAUCGGCGCGGCAGCGACGGACGACGCACGGUAUGUCCGGCUCGGCGUGGCGACGACGACGCCGGCGACGCGCGGCGCGGCGCCGCCGCAUGCGAGGAGGCGAUCGCGCGGCAGGACGCCGAGGACCGCGCGCUAACGGCGCCGAAAAUGGCGUUUGCGUUCGCGGCGCUCGCGCUCGUGUUCCUCGGCGCCGAGGCCGCGACGUCGGCGGACGGCGACGAGACGCUCCGACGACUUCUGCGCGCGGCCCAGGACUUCGAUCCGCGCGCGGCGAUCGACGGCGUCGCCGCCGAGGUCGAACGCCUGGGCCCGCUCGGCGCGGCGUACUUCGCGGCCGUGUACGUCGUGGCCGAGGUGCUCGCGCUGCCGGCGGUGCCGCUCACGGCCUCCGCGGGCUACCUCUUCGGCGCGGUCGAGGGCACGGCGAUUGUGCUCUUCUCGGCGACGAUCGCGGCGGGCGUCAGCUUCCUCAUCGGCCGGUCGCUGCUGCGGUCGUGGGUGGAGCGCGUGGCCGGCGAGUCGGCGCAGUUCCAGGCCAUCGACCGCGCCGUCGCGAGCGAGGGCUUCAAGAUCAUAUUGCUCCUGCGCCUCUCGCCGAUCUUCCCCUUCGCGCUCUCGAAUUACUUCUACGGGCUGACGGCGGUCGAGUUCGGGCCGUACCUCGCCGCGACGCUCCUCGGCUUCGCGCCGGGGACCUUCCUCUACGUCUACUCGGGCGAGGUCGCGUCCGUGGCCGCCGGCGCCGCCGGCGACGACGCCGCGUACCCGUGGUACGUUUACGCAGGUUUCCUCAGCGUGGGCGCCUUCGUGGCUGCAAAGGUCACGGAAGUGGCCACGCGGGCCCUCGAGGAGUCGGGCGGCAUCGUCGCCGACGGCGACGAUUGACCCCGCGGGCCCGGGAACGGGCCUUCCUCCGCGGGGGAGCUGCCCGGGAAUAAGCCCGCCCGGGGCUCGAUAAAAAUUAGCGACGCCAAUA